GCUCAAUCACAGCGUCUCUCUGCCAGACGUAGCCAGCAGUCCAAUAGAACACACUCACACGUUUCAAAGCAGCUGUUUCUGAGCAUCUCCCCUGCAGCCUGAGCUGAGAGUUGGAUGUUUGGACUUCAUGUGUCUUAUGAGGCUUCUGGAGCAGCGUGCGGGUCUGGAUUUACCCUCUAAGUGUUGGAGAGAAGUCUUCUGUUAGGAACCCUUGGUUUGACCUGUAGCAUCACAUCAUGCUGCUUUGAGGGGGACUGGUCUGUGUGUGAGAGCACAGCAGAGUGUUUAGUUGUGUGCAUGGGCGUGUGACUGCCAAGAUGACCGUUCCCAUGCUGAAGAUCGGCGCUGUGCUCAGCACCAUGGCCAUGGUAACUAACUGGAUGUCCCAGACUCUGCCUUCGCUGGUUGGACUCAACGGAACCAUCAUCUCCUCCGAGGGCACACACGAGCGCAUCAUCAGUGGUUUGUACCCAGGCUCAGAAGAAGGCUGGCAGGUGUACAGCACAGCCUCAGAUCCUGACGGCAGGUGUGUGUGCACUGUUGUCGCUCCAGCAAGAAAUUUAUGCAAACGUGACCCUCGGAAUCGACAGCUCCGCCUGCUGACUGAACAGGUUCAGAACGUGAGUCAGUCCAUGGAGGUGGUGGACCUGCGAACAUCCAGAGACCUGCAGUAUGUCCGCGACUCUGAGCCACUGUUGAGAGGAGUGGAUGGACGUUUACACACAUAUGUGGCAAAUCCCCGUGUGCUAACAACCAAAGGCCUCCAGGAGCUGAAGGGUCAGAUGUCUCAGCUAAGGCCCCUCCUGUCGGUGGUGGAGCAGUACAGAUUGGACCUGCAGACGCUGACCACCCUGCGAACUGAGUUGCUCAACCUAUCGAUCAUCCUGACAGCCAUUCAAGAGGAGAUUGGAGCGUACGACUACGAGGAGCUUCAGCAGAGGGUGUUGCUGCUAGAGACCAGGCUGCACAGCUGCAUGAACAAACUAGGUUGUGGUCGUCUGACUGCAGUGAGCAACCCGAUCACCGUGAGAGCCUCCGGUUCCCGCUUCGGCUCAUGGAUGACUGACGCCAUGAUUCCCAGCUCUGACAGCAGGGUGUGGUCGAUGGACGGUUACUACAAAGGUCGACGUGUGCUGGAGUACAGGACCAUGGGCGACUUCACUAAAGGCCAGAACUUUGUGCAGCACCUUCUUCCCCAUGCCUGGGCAGGAACGGGCCACGUGGUGUACAACGGUUCACUCUACUACAACAAGCACCAGAGCAACAUCUUGGUUCAGUAUCAUUUCCGCUCUCGCAGUGUGCUGCUGCAGCGCAGCCUGAGUGGAGCUGGGUACAACAACACCUUCCCCUACAGCUGGGGUGGAUCCUCUGACAUCGACCUGAUGGCUGAUGAGACCGGACUGUGGGCCGUCUACACCUCCAUCCCAAAUGCAGGAAACAUUAUGGUGAGCCGCCUGGACCCACGUUCACUUGAUGUCCUGCAGAGCUGGGACACGGGGUUUCCAAAGCGCAGCGCAGGGGAGGCCUUCAUGAUCUGUGGCACGUUGUACGUCACCAACUCCCACCUGGCCGGUGCCAAGGUCCACUUUGCCUACCACACCAACACCUCCUCAUACGAGUACACAGAUAUCCCCUUCCACAAUCUGUACUCCCACAUCAGCAUGAUGGACUACAACCCCAGAGAGAGAGCUCUGUACACCUGGAACAACGGCCACCAGGUGCUCUACAAUGUCACGCUGUUCCACGUCAUCCGGAGUGACGGUUAGAGGCAUGAGAUGGGUGACUGAACACUGGAGCACUCAGCAGUGAAAAUUGGUGUGUGUUUGCGUUUGACUCCCAGACGGCAGGAUCUCGCUGAGCUAAUAAGAGGACACAAUACAUGGCUGUCAAACACCAGACUCGAGGUGAAAGAUGAGAGUAAUCAUCACAACGCACACGCUGAGAAAGGAAGUGGAAAAUGUUUUGAGCUCAUCCCUUGUUUGGUUCUGUUUUAUUCCACUUGCACAUCCAGAGGUGAUUCUGGAAGCAGAGCAGAAACAAUGGAGAAUAAACUGAAUUUUACCUCACUUUUAUUCGUCGAGCUGCAACGACGGACCUGACGGAGACAUUUUGGGUUUGUGAUGUGAUUGUCAGUGUGUUCAGUCAGCAUGGUUGUUCCUUCAAUAAACUUUAAUAACAAACUUUUGCAAACA